AGUAGAAUACAAGUAUAAAUGUGUACGAAAACGCGAAAUGUACAAAAUGCAAUAAGCUGCUUUCGAUAAUAAAGUGAUACUCUUAUUAUGUGUGUACGAGCGUGCGUGCGCGCGCGCUCUGGUACCCGGAUGACGCUCGCAGUGGCGUCAGUGCGCAGCUGCAGGCCGGACUGACGGAAACAGGACUGGAGCUGCAGUUCAUGGAAGACCGUCAGAGUAAAACACAAGACAGUGGACGGCAUCAGGAGGACACUAAAGACAGUAUUAAAGAAUCAAGUUCAUCUGUCCCGUCUCUCACCCCCCUUACCUGUACUUCAUCACGUCCUGAUUUUACCCAAACAAUCUCCCCCUGUCCUGUCGUCGGGGGUUCAACUAACCCCCCUGAGGGAGGGAACAAUGCAAAGUGGACCACUGUGGCCAACGGACAGCCCCCCUCCGCUGUGUCUCAGCGCUAUAUGCCCCGUGAGGUGCCACCACGCUUCCGAAACCAGCAGGAACCCAAAGUGCUAUUGAAGAGAGGCCAGCCGCCACUGUCCUGCAUGCUGCUGGGAGGUGGACAGGGAGGGGACGUCACGCCCUCCACUAAUGCAAGCACAUCUGAUCCCUCAGAUGCUACUGUUUCUCUGCACUCAUCAUCUGAUGCCUCUGCCACUCCAACUUAUGCAAAUUACUCAUGGGGUCUUGGCCCAGAAGGCCAAUCUUCCGCUCAGGGAAUGGACAAUAUAGACAGUUCUGAUACAGAGAAAUGGCCGAGUCUCAGCAAGAGUGGAAGACUGGAAAGUUCUUGGAGCAGUGAUCAGGGAGCGUCUUCUCCCAUUUGUGAAUAUUCAGAAGCCAGUGCAGUGGUGGGUGCAUCCUCACGGUCUGAGAUUAAAGAAUCUAUUAAAGGAGCGGAUCAGUCAUUCAAUUCCAAGGUGCCAUCUUCUGCUGGAGAUCAAGAGGGCUCUCGAGGCCUAAACCCAAACUACAGCCCUCCAUCCUGGUCUGGUCCUGUACAAGAUGACCCUGACGGAGGACUCUUAACCAACACUGCCUCUGAGGAAUCUCCUCCCACACCCUUGAGUCCAGCUGGUGCGCUGUCCCAGACGCUCAGCAACAACAAAGAGUGUAUUAUGGGUGAUUGGGCGGAGCUUAAAGCUGGACCAAAUGUUGUUGAUAGCAAAGAGGAUGGGGUCAACUUAGAUGCAUGGGAUACAGGUGAAGAGCAGGUGAAGAGGGGGAGUGAUACAGCAGGAGAUAAUAGGACAGCUGGGGAUGAAAGUUCAGUUGGUACCACUGGCAUCUCUCAGGGAGAGAUGGGUGUUACAAAUGAGCAGGCAUCUACAGGAUGGACCUCAGACUCUGUUGGGACAUCAAGAGAGGACUCUUCUGUGUUUGCAACCAGUUCAGUGACAUCAAGAGAUGACAAUCAGAAAGGCGUUAAUGUUUGGGAUGGCUUAGAGAAAGAAUCAGCUCGAGGGGAAAGUAGUAGGGAUGGAAUGCACAUCCAGAGUCCCUUAACAAGUCAGACCUCCAACCCUGAAGAGGCCUUGCAGACCAUGAUCAAUCGCACUAACCUGGACCCUAAGGUGCUGUGCAACACAGGAUGGGGCAAGACCCAGAUCAAACAGAGUGUCGCCUGGAAUGUAGAGAAUGUUGUCUGUAAUGUAGAGGAAGACACUACCCGCCAUAAGGAGGGCUGGAAAGGUACAGGUGAUGCCCCUUUUUCUAGCUCCAAAAAGCAGGAGGGAAUGGAGGUGAAAAGGGAUGGCUGGGGCAUGCAUGGAGAAGUUGGUACUGGUCACAAAGGGGGUGGAUGGGGGGAAGCCCAAGACAAUGACAGUACAUGCAGGAGGGAAGGGGCAGAGUGGGACCAAGGUAGCAGAAGUGAGUGGAGACAGACGACACCUUUACCCGAGGCUGGAGGCUGGAAGGAGACGAGAAGUAGUGACUCCAAUAAUCAGGGUGAGGGGUUAUGGGGCAGCUCUGAAAAGGAGGGGCAUCAGAGUGGUGGCUGGGGAGGUGUCAACGUCAAGCAACACCAGGGAUGGGGUGAGAAGCAUCUUCCAUCACAAAUACCAAACAAACAAACAGCACUUAAAACCCAAAACCAACCGCAGCAGCAAUCACAGACCCAGCAGCAAAUGCCGGGACAUCCAAAGGCCUUGCAGGACAGGGGUCAACCAGGAGGACCAGAGGGUCAAAGUAAAGGGUCUGGAUGGACAUGCGGCCCCAUCCCUGAGAUUUCUUCAGUUGUAGAGCCGAGUGGGUGGGAGGAACCCUCGCCUCAGUCCAUUAGCCGAAAUAUGGAGAUUGAUGAUGGCACAUCUGCAUGGGGCGACCCAUCACGUUACAAAAACAAGAAUGUCAAUCUGUGGGAUAAGAAAAGCUCACAGACCCAACAACAAAGUUGUCAGUCAAGUGUUACACAGUCUUCUGGAAGACAGACUGGAGCUCCACCUAAGAACCCUGUUUCUGCAACAUGGGGACAUGGGGGCAGUGGUUCACCAGAUCAGUCUGUGGACAAUGGGGCAGCUGCAUGGGGAAAAUCAGUUGAUGCCCCAGCUAGCUGGGGGGACUCAGAGGAACCAGGGAAAGCUGGAGUAUGGGGAAUCUCACAUUCUCGUCCUACCAAGUCUGGUUCAAAGUCUAUGCAAGAGGGGUGGGCUGACGAAAGCUCACCUGCAUCCCGUCACUCUAGCUGGGAGGAGGAAGAUGGUGGCACUGGCGUCUGGGGCAGCAGGGGAUCUCAAAGCAGCAUGUCCACGUACAACUCUGGAAGCUGGAAUCAGAACCAUGGGGGCAGGCGACAUAGUACUCGGAGCCCGGUUAAAGGUAACAGUGGGGACUCAUGGGCAACUCCUAUGACUCGACAGUUCUCAAACAUGGGCAUCAUGGAUGAAGACUCCAGCAUGAGUCAGGAAAGACAAGACAAGAGAGGAAUGAAUGAUGGAGAUAUGCGGCGAGGUGGCAGGGCUGGAGGAGCGUUCCGCUCACAGAAUUCCAAAGAGAUCACACCUGGGGAUAGUGGGCCAUACCUGGACAAGGCUGGUGGUCAUGCUAUGUUUGGCAGUGGUGGGAUAGCUCAGCAGAGGGGGGUACAUCAGGCUGGUGUGCACCCUUUAAAUCGUUCCCCUGUGAUGCGGGCACAAGUGCCUCAGUUCCUUCCUCCUCAGGUUGCUGGGCCAAUGCUAAAGCCAAUGGCGCCUCCUAGUGGGGGAAUGUUCCCUCCUCAGCUCUCCCCUCAGCACAUCGCCAUGCUCGGAGGUGUUCAUCCUCACAUGCAGCAGUUCCAACUGGCUUGUCAACUCCUCCUUCAACAACAACAACAGCAACAACAGUUCCUGAAUCAGAGGAAGUUUCCUGCUCCUCCAAGACCGCAGCAUGACCAACAGCAGUUGGCGCGUAUAAUGGCUAUUCUGCAGCAGCAGCAGGGUUUGGGAGGAGGUAAACUCCCCUCGUCUCCCAUGGGAGGACCUAUCUCCAAACAUCCGGACACACCGCCUCUCCAUCACCUGAAUAAACAGCCGGAUGUGUCUCUUCAUGCUGCCAUGGGAGGACCUGAGAUGCACAACAAACCAUCUACUGCGUUCACAGGUUUUGCUGGCGCCUCUGAUCUGGAUUCUCUGAUUGGUUCUUCUGGUGGACUGAAGGAUGGAGGAAGUGUUCAGUCUCGCUUUAAAUGGAUGAUGGACGGAAGCAGUCUGACACCUUCACCACCAGAGCCCACAUUGCAUAACGGUCCAGUAAAGUUGGGCGGUGGCUCCUCGUACUCUCAGUAUGAUGUGUUGGGUGGAAGCUGGCACAGAUCAUCAGGUGUUAAAGUGGACACAUCACCUGUCAAUCCCACCUGGCCUCCAGAGUUUCAGCCGGGUGUCCCAUGGAAAGGCGUACCGAGUCCUGAACCGGACCCUUACAUGACUCCUGCAGGACUGCUGGGAACAUCUGUUCUCACAGAUACAGAACAUCAUCUCCUGCAAGAUAACACAGGGUCAAACUCACUCAACACACGUUUGCCUUCACCUGGUGCCUGGCCAUACAGUACCUCAGACCCAACACACACUGUACACGCUUCAGCUAAGUAUUCAGAACUGAAGUCCAGUUGGCCCCCUGAGCCCAUUGGACACGGCAAAUCAUGGAGGACCAAUCGGAACAGUUCUCAUCUGCCCCGCCCUCCUCCAGGCCUCACCAGUCAGAAACAGGCAUGGUCAGGGGAGGGGCCACGGAUGCCCAGGGUGUGGGGAGGAGGAGCAAACACUCAGGAGUUGCCCUUUAAACCUGAGUGGAGUGAUGGAGGAGCAGGAAAAUCUUGGCUGUUACUACGCAACCUCACACCACAGAUUGACGGCUCAACACUGAAGACGAUCUGUUUACAGCACGGUCCGCUGCUGACCUUUCACCUCGGUCUGACACAGGGCAGCGCUCUGAUUCGCUACUGCAGUCCUCAUGAAGCCGCCAAAGCCCAGAGUGCCCUGCAUAUGUGUGUCCUGGGAAACACCACCAUCCUAGCUGAGUUCAUGAGCGAUGAUGAGGUCAUGCGCUACUUCACACAUUCCCAGACCACUGGGGUCACGGGGUCACCCGAUGGCUCGUCCGGCUCUGACCCCACGUCACGAGAGGGCGGAGGUUCGGACGAGGGCGCGGCGGUCAGGAUGGCGAGCGCGGGCUGGCAGGGGUUGGACGUGUCGGGCGGUUCUGGGCCGGAAGGACCCGGACUCGCUCUCCUCAGCCAGUGGAGCAACAGCACAGAGGAGGGGGCGGGAAAAGGAUUCUGGGGGGGCGUGGCUCCCGGUUACCACGGCAGCAACAGCAGCAGCUUGUGGGCCACUUCUCAGUUAGAGGACGGCCCAGCUGGAUUGUUGCCAGGCAACCUGCUCGGAGGCGGGACAGAUAGUUUGUGAUUGACAGUUAUUGAAAUACUGGUACAGUUAAAGCUGCGGUGUUGUUUCUGUGCCACUGGAGUCAAGAAGUGACGGAGAAAAUGAUAAAUGUCUUAUUUUACCCUAAAUCCUAAAUUUGUAAGCCUAAUUUUAGGAUGUUUUUUUCAAUUGUGAUGUUAAUUCUAUGAUAAUGUAAGAAUCAGAGUUUGAAGAAACACACAAACACUGAUGUUAUAUGGAGUGAUGCCGUGCUUACACACAUUCUCAUCGCCAGAGUUAAGCUAUCUUGUAUUUGAAUGCAGGGACUGUUACUAAAGGCCUUUCUUUCACCUACCGCUUCACUUCAACAUCCAACAGAUCUUCACAUCGCAUUUCAUUUUCAAUCAAGCAACACUUCAUGCUGGUAGAUUUUUGAGUCUCAUGAAAACAUGUCUGUCUUAUAUUUCACCCCAAAAUCAAAGAAUCAGUUUAUCCUGAUGUUAGUUUCAUUAUAAUACAUCUGUUUGUCUUACACAUCUUUCAGUAAUGCCAGAAGAUCUUGAUGCUCUCCUGUAACUUUUUUUUUUUUUUUGAUGUUGAGGGGAAAUAUAAGCGGUUUGUGAUGCACUGCCACUUUCUCAUUUAGUAUUUUUGUCUUGUUUUCAGUACAAAUAUCUAAAAAUUCCUAAAUCAAGAUGCAUUUUCUUGAUUAUAAAUAAGUCAAGAAAUAUACAAUUUUUCUUACCUCAUUGGCAGAUUUUUUUUUGCUUGUUUUAUGCACAAAUUUACUUAAAUUGUAUAUUUUUGUGUAAACUAAAGACUUAUUGUCUUAGGUCAAUUUUUAGGUAUUUGUAUUGAACACAAGACAGAAAUACUAAGUAAGAAAGUCUUUUUUUGCAGUGUGUUUAUAGUUAUGUUCAGUGUUCAAUAACGCUGUGGAUUGAUGUUUGUGUAUUACUGAACACCGGUCUCACAUACAGACCGAUCACUGUUUUCAUUAUCUCUCUGAUUUAACAUUUAUAUCAUUUCAUUUGAUUAUUUAAAUGUCUUUUUUUUGGUAAAGCAUAUACAAGUUAUGUUUAAAGACUGAGCGUGUGUCUAUAAUGUAUGUAUGUGUGCACUUUACAGUUUGUUUUGGUGUAUAUUUGUGUGCGGCUGCUUUAGAUUGAUGUUGUUUAUUGUGCACUAUACACUGCUGGUUGUGUUUGGCAUUAGCGGGUUUUGCGUUUCUUUUCUAAGUGAACUCAUGUAGCCUUUUGUAUAUCGGCUGAACUGCAAUAAUGAUUCAAUGAGCAUUUAUAAGACACAAACAUGUGACGGCGUUUCUGCCAAAAAAAAAAAAAAAAAAAACUUAUCUGCCUGUCCAGAGUUUACAAACAGCUAAAAGACAUUAUACAUGUGUUUCUGUAUUGUUGUUUUUGUUUUAAAUUAAGACUUUAACACUCCUUUCAGUGUUUCAUUUUUUUGAGAUUUUACAAAGAAAAAGUGAAGAGCUUAUUUAAAUACGUGAAAUAUGAAGCUGUUAUAAAGAUUGAAGUAUUUCAUCUCUGUC